AGUGCAAAUAAUGCACGGCUGUUGUGAUAUCACUGUUAUCGUCGUUUAACAAAGGCCAAGAUAACGGUCAAACGGGGAAGGUGUAGACACACUGCGACAGACGCGACCGGUGACCCUGAUCUAUAUGCUCAACCCGUGUGCACAUGUAAGGUAAAUGGUUAUUAGUCAGGACAGAGGACUGUCAAGUUCAACUUUAAGAUGACGUACGACAUGAACCUUCCCAGAAUCCCCCCAACCGGGGAUCGCAAAACCCGGAUUGUGCUUAACUGCGUCUUCACUGUAGGAAUCGUCCUGGGAAACCUGCUGGUGCUACUCCUAGUCGUCGGUUCCAAGAAGCUGAGAAGGUCAUCCAAGUACAUCUUAGUCGCCAGCCUCGCUUUCGCCGACCUAUCAGAUGGAGGUUUACUCCUGCCCAUGUGGACCGACAUCUUGAUUGACCAGAGAGUCAACUACAGCUGUUUGGCACGCUAUCUAGCAGGGGCCUGUGGCGACAGCGUUGCUACAGUUUGUAGCCUUUCUGUAGUAGCCCUUAAUACGGACUUCACAUUUCGCAGAGCGGUCACCCAGUACCGUGGUAAGUUACGAAGCGUCAUAACAACCGUCCUCCUCAUGCUGUGUUGGAUCGGGCCGUGUGUAGCGUUAGGGCCAUUCAUUGCCAUGGGGAUGCGAAACUCCGAGCCUGCCCACUGUUUCUUUACCUUGGAUGAAAAUUCUAAAAUUUUCAUGUAUCUGGCGUUUUUUAUUCCGUCCGGAGCAAUUAUUAUUUCGUCCGGAUUUGUGAUAUUUGUACACUUUAAGACAAAAGCGGGAGGUUACUCUGCCGACACAGCUUUUCCUUGUGACGUUUUCGUUACGGCGUGUGUGACGGUGGGAUUGUAUCUCCCCUUCGCCGUUCUACAGCUGGACACUUACGACUGUCAUCCUAAUGAGUGUUAUAUGUAUUUUGUUUCAAGAUUUUUUAUUACUGGAAAUCUUGUGUAUGCGAAGUCGGCCAUACUUCCUUGGAUUUGGCUGUGUAGUAAAGAUUUUCGAGACGAGGUCAAGGACAUUUUCUGUGUCAGGUCAAGGUCAAAUAAUGAUAAUGUUGGCACCAUUGAUCACUAAUAUGCUUAAUGUUGAAAUUAUAUUUAUGCA